AUAAAACUACUAGCAUUGCUCUUAGUUGCUUAACCAAUAGGUAUAGUAGUGGAAUACUGAUAAAAAGCUUUUAACAGUUUUAUUACUAAUGUUACAAUCGAAAAGAUUUGUAUUAUUACCAUCAAAUUAUCACCACAAAGGUGUGUGCCAAAAAUUAUAAGCUAAAGGAGAGCUGCGACUGCAGGGGACCGGUUGAUUCUUUACAUAAAAUUUCAAUGUGUUCUGGAAAUGGUUUGCAAAGAGGACGUGGUAUCAUGGUUUAAAGAAUUGGAAAGCUAUAAACGCAUAGACGCAAUGUGUACAUUGUUAAACAUGUGCUUACCAUUCGAACUGCGCUUUAUUGGCACCUAUUUGGAAGAGCUCGGUAAGCGGGAUUUUCAGGAGUUGCGUGGUGCCGAACUUAGAGCCAACAAUCCCACAGAUCUGGCAGCUGAUAUUGGCGGCGCCAAUUCAGAUCCGAGAACGCGACGAAAAAUGGCUUUAUACGUAUCAUUAUUACGUUCAUGUAAUUUUGUUUGUGCCACCACAUUGUACAAUGAAAUGGUCAGUUUAGAGCAGAGUGGUCUACUGAAGGGUCUGUAUGGUGAUCUUUUGGAGGAGAUUCUUUUAUUGUAUACUAUGGCGUUACAUCAUCCUGCCUUUACGUUUGAUCAGAAAUCACAUUUUGGUGAAAUAUUAGAGAAGUUGAAACUUGAAGACCAGCGAAUACAUUAUCAAGACCAGCAAGAGCACAUUAUUGCACCUGUGAGUGGUUGCCAUAAUCAGUCCAGUAUUGCACCCAAUAUGUCUGUUCCGCCACCCAAUUUGCCUGGCUUGAUACCGCCACCACCUGGUAUCAUGUUUGUCAAAACACCUGGGGUUCAGCCUACGAGCACUGAUGGUGUACCUGAAUUAAGUUCACCGCCAGUUCUGACAAGUGCUGGUGGUGUAGUGCCAAUCCUAGCAGAAGUUACCCAUGCUCCACCUGGACUGCCACUUCCUCAGUACAACAUGACGGAGUUCAUAGGACAACAUGGAUGGCCUGCAAAUAUUAUUGUAUCUCCACUAACACAACCAUUAGAGGUAUUAAAUUAUCCUACGGCGGCGGGUGCGCCUCAGUCGCCUCUGAUGUCGUCCCCGGGCGACAGUCGCGCGGGCUCGCCCCGGGCGCGCCGGCGUCCUUCCCGCGAUCGCUCGCCGCCACUACCGCCGCUGCCCUCCGCUGUUUCAGAUCCAACUCCCUUGCCACACAUUACUGCCAACUUUGACAAUUUAACAGUAGCUGAGAUACGACAUAAUAUAGGAGAGGAUAGGUUACGUGAAAUCAAUGCAGUACAUCAACAAUAUCGAUCAUUAGAGAAAUUGAAUGGAGUAAGAAGACGAGCGGGCGCGUACAUCCCGCCUACUCGUUCGUCAUCGGACAGCGGGUCGAGUGCCGCGUCGUCGCCGCCAGGGACUCCCGCGCCUUCGCAGCGCAGGGCCACACCUUCGGGGCCCGCGCCCGCGCCUCAGAUGCCGUUCCUCCCCUACCCUCGGCCCUUCGCCUACCCGACACCCCCGCCGGGUUUCAGACCGCCCCAGCCGUCUUACGCGAACGGCGAACCCCCACCAUAUUCGACUCCGUCAUACGCUGGCUUCGUUCCCGUAAUAUACGCACCACCUAAACUAUCGUGUUGGAACUGCGGCGCGGCCGGCCACGCGGGCCACGACUGCAAGGAGCCCAGUAUGGAGGAGAUGACUCGAGCCGGUGGAUAUCAGCUGGAUUUCGGUGGCGCACCUCCGGAUUCAACGGACAAGUAGCAUUGGUGGCCUCGCUGAGGUGAGUUGUUGACUCUAUAAAGCGGUCUGCGUCGUCGCUUCCAUCGCAGGCAGGUAGCAUGCGGACGGCGACUGGAAUCGGGCGGAGUACGUUCGCUCAGCCGGGGCGGCACAAAUACCCUUGUUUAAUGCAAUCUGACAUUUCUCUAUAUAGAUUAAAAUUAACAGUGUGUGUACAGUGGUAGUGUUACAUGCGCUUGCUGUAACGUAUUUUAUUGUGGUGGUAAUUAAUGCGCAUCUCGCUCUCCAGUGUAUUGCACUUUCAAUAAUUUAUUUUUAUAAAAUUCUAGAUUUAGGUUAAAUUUGAAUUUUGCAGGCGUAGAUAAUCAAGUUGUUAUAUGAAUCAGUAGCGGGGCAAUCUUCCUGUGCUAGCACUACUUGAUACCAUAUACUUAGUCUGUAAAGAUAGAGAAUGCUGACUUACCUACCAUCGUAAUAUAUGGUAGUCUUGUUUGUAUUUUUGUUCAUCCUGUAUUUGUCUAUAAUGGGAUUAUGCAGUUAAAAUAUGAACAAAAACCUUGAUAAGAUAUCCAUUUACGCUAACUAAAGUAAACAAUCUAGUGACGAUAUAUAAGUGAGCGUAGGCGGGUAUUGUUACUUUGAAUGCAAAUGAAAAAUACUAUUAUAGCAAUCUCUUUAAAUGUAUCUUAAUAUGUCACAAGUUAACUUUUAUAUUUUCAAUUCACUUUAAGAUCAAUAAUUCAGUCGCAAAAAUGUUUCGUAAUUCGAUUGCGUUUUGAUCUGUUUGCACAAGCUUUUGUAUGUUAUUGUGGGUUCGCAUUGCCCAAGCAUUUGGCAGUGGACACCACCGGUUUGUAGUUUGGUAAAUAAGUAUUUAAUAUAGUCCCACAAGAAUCUUAUGGCAGUUUUUUGACACUGACAGGAGGGCCUACAAUUUUAAGUGUUACCAGUGAGCAAAAAUUUUCUAACUUCUUUCGAAAGUCGUCCAUGUUGCAACUCCAAGCAAUUUAUUUGCUACUUGUGACCUGAGUUCUCGUAGUAAUUCCUUGCUAUUUUGAAUUGAUACAUCAUAACACCUGCAAUAAACCUGCAUGUCAAAACAACAUAUGUAUUUUGAAAAUGGUAACAUUAUACGGUACUGCCACACUUAUUGGUCAAAAUAUGACGCUGUCAAAAUGACAUUGUUAGUUCACAUAUUUUCCGAUUGCCAUGAGAUCCUUGUGGACCUAUAAGCUACUGUUAUUAGCUGUUACUUUGUAAUUUUAUCCCUUCUGCCCAUUUUGACCAUAGUGCAAGGUUUUAAUGGAUUGAUUGAAAGUGCAGUGACACUGUAGUUUUGAAUUGUUUGGUUUUAGAAUGGAGAGGGAAUUCCAUGAUUUUAUAAAUUCAAUUAGUGUACAUACUCAAGCGUUUUUGCUUUCGAUAAUGGAUAAUCAGUUUUGAUACAUUCUGAUACUCAAAUUAGAUAUGGAUAUUUUUAAAAAAUUUAAAAGUAAUUUGAAAACCAAAAAAAAAAUGUUUAAUUUAAAAUUGU